CACCGACACGCUGAUAGGCAGGCGGUAAGAUGAAAGAGAAACUUGUUGCACUUCACUGGAGGAGAGGAGAUUACGUGCGCAAAAACUGAAGUUCACCAAGCAGCUGCGCUUCACCAGAGGAACCUGGGCAAUAACACAGAUUUCCUCGAGUGAAUACGCGAAAACAACAACAGAAGCAAAGAGAGCGGCAGGGAAAUUGAUUGUAUGGCACCUCAGUCGUGCGUAAUGAAUCCUGCGCAAGGAUCACCUCCCUCGGCUGCUCCGGGGGAAACCUCUCCAGAGGACCGGGUGACGGACGAGCUGGACCUGUCAUCCGUCAGGAGAUAUAAACCCAAAAGUUCAGAUCUGCCUUUCAGCGUGGAGUCUCUCAUAUCAGACAGGACGCCGGACAGAAGCCUGCGCUCCCCCGAGCCCGACUCGGGUUGCGUCCAAGUGGAGGAGACCGAGUGUGCGUCACCGAGGGGACUCUACCGGUCCAAAGCAGAGGCGGUGGACCUCAGUGACAGGGAGUCGAGCCCCUGGUUUCACGCUCCUUACGCAUCCCCUCCAAGACUUCCCAGCCCCAGCACGUGCAACCUUCGGAAACACAAGAACAACAGGAAACCCAGGACUCCCUUCACGACCUCUCAGCUGCUCUCUCUGGAGAGAAAGUUCCGUCAGAAACAGUACCUCUCCAUCGCGGAGAGAGCCGAGUUCUCCAGCUCGCUCGGCCUCACAGAGACUCAGGUCAAGAUCUGGUUUCAGAACCGCAGAGCCAAGGCCAAGAGACUGCAGGAGGCCGAGCUGGAGAAGUACAAACUGGCCGCGAAGCCGCUGAUGCCGGCCUUCGCUUUUCCUUUACCCCUGAACGCACCACUGGGCGCUCCGGCCCUGUACGGGGCCCUGACCGGACCGAGGCCUGCCUUACAUGUCCCGGGACUCUUCCGUGGACCGUAUGGGAUGUACUACUUGUCUUAACCCGAGUUAACUUUGAACUGCAUCACCCGGACAGCUGCCUUAAAAAUACCUUCACAUAGCAACCGACCCCUACUGCAAAACAAAUCCAUUUUCUGAGACCAACUGCCUUAAAUCUUAUUUUAAAUAUCUUAAAUUCCGUAUUUGUACAAACUGAAAUAACGUGAU